AUGGCCAGAGAAAGCCAAGUUCCUCAACCCGGCCCUGCCCGCCUGUCUCCUGGUGCCGGCCCUGACGAAUGGCUGGAGCAGGCCAAGCAGUGCAAGUACCUGCCCGAGGCCGACAUGAAGCGACUGUGUGAGAUUGUUAAGGAGUGCUUGAUGGAAGAGUCCAAUAUCCAACCAGUCAACACUCCCGUCACUGUCUGCGGUGACAUUCACGGCCAAUUCUACGACCUGCUCGAGCUGUUCGCCGUCGCUGGUGGCAUGCCUUGUGACAACAAUCCGAACGAACCUCAGUCAGAACCUCCGAAGCCUGAGCUCGCCAAAUCACCUUUGCCCAAAGGCUUCUCCGCUGCCGAUAUCGAACCUCCUUCCCAGAUUAGUAAUCCCCGUGUUAAGCGCAAGAUGAAGCGUCGCUUCCAACGCGAUAGCGCAUACACUUCAUCUGCUUCGAAUGCCUCAGAUGACGCUGGUGACGACCAAGAAGGAGAUGAUGGCCAAGAAGGAAGCGAACUUAGAGGUCGCGUGAGGAGCCGCAGCAGUGGUUCCGACCACAGAGGCCCCCCUGGAGGUGGCGAUAUUGACGAGUCAGACCAGGAAGAUGAUGAAGACGACAGUGACAGCGGAAUUGGUGGCAGCCCAGAAGCCUCUCGAAAGAAGCAGCCCGGUUCCAGCAGCAACAACAACGGAAAGCAGAACUUCAUCUUCCUCGGCGAUUUCGUUGAUCGUGGCUANUUUUCCCUCGAGACAUUUACUUUGCUCAUGUGUCUGAAAGCAAAAUUCCCGGAUCGUAUCGCCCUUGUGCGCGGAAACCACGAAUCUAGACAGAUCACUCAAGUCUACGGUUUCUACGAAGAGUGCCAAACCAAAUACGGAAACGCCUCAGUCUGGAAGUCUUGCUGUCAGGUCUUUGAUUUCCUUGCUCUUGCUGCAAUCGUUGAUGGCAAAGUACUCUGUGUGCACGGUGGUUUAAGUCCUGAGAUUCGCACCUUGGACCAGAUUCGUGUCGUUGCCCGAGCCCAGGAGAUCCCCCACGAAGGUGCUUUCUGCGAUCUAGUGUGGAGUGAUCCUGAGGAAGUUGAUACAUGGGCCGUCAGUCCCAGAGGCGCUGGUUGGCUGUUUGGUGAUAAGGUCGCCACGGAGUUCAAUCACGUCAACGGCUUGCAACUUAUCGCCCGCGCUCAUCAACUGGUCAACGAAGGCUACAAGUACCAUUUCAAGAACCAAGAUGUAGUCACUGUCUGGUCAGCACCAAACUACUGCUACCGCUGUGGUAAUGUUGCCAGUAUCAUGACCCUCGGCGAGGAUCUAGAACCAGACUUUACCAUCUUCUCCGCUGUGCCGGAUCACAGACGCGCCGUUCCUGCAGGCAGAGGAAGGACGGGAGAAUACUUUUGUAAUCAUCCAAUCUUCCAUCUCGGCUUUGUAUGGCAAAUUUGCUAG